AUGUUCUUCCUUAGACACACAGUUGCCGCAUUGAGUGCGGUAGCAACGGCAUUCGCUGCACCUCACAGUAGGCGUGCAAAUGGCUUCAACUGGGGCAAUGAAGUUAUGCGUGGAGUAAAUCUCGGUGGAUGGCUGGUCCUCGAGCCGUGGAUUACUCCCUCAAUCUUCCAGGCCUACCCUAUGUCACAAGGCAUCAUCGACGAGUACACUCUCGGUGAGAAGCUCGGUCAAGAUGCUGCAUACAACGUGCUGAAGCCUCACUGGGACUCGUGGGUACAACUUGCCGACUUCGAGAAGAUCGCAAAAUCUGGCUUCAACGUCGUCCGCGUUCCGAUAGGUUAUUGGGCAUACGACAACGCCAACAGCCCUUACGUUUCCGGAGCAGCUCCCUACAUGGAUCAAGCCAUUGAGUGGGCGAGACAGACCGGACUGAAGGUUAUUGUUGAUCUGCACGGUGCUCCUGGCUCUCAGAACGGUUUCGACAACUCUGGUCAACGUACAGACAACAUUGACUUCCAGCAAGGAGAUAACGUGCAGCGCACUCUGGCCGUCUUGCAGACUAUCCAGAACAAGUAUGCAGACUCUUCCUACGACGACGUUGUCGCCGGAAUUGAGCUUCUCAACGAGCCUCUGUCCACAUCCCUGAACCUGGACGACCUCAAGCAGUUUGAGCGCAAUGGUUUCGGACAGCAGCGCACUGUCUCCAAGUCUCGUGUUGUCGUCAUCCAAGAUGGAUUCCAACCUCCCAGCAGCUACAACGGCUGGUUGACUCCUUCCGACAACAACGCUCAGAACGUCGCUCUUGACCACCAUGAGUACCAAUGUUUCACAAACGAGCUGGUCGCCAUGCAGCCUUGGCAGCACCGUCAAUAUGUCUGUAACAACGUCAAGCAGUACGCAGGUGCCGACAAGUGGACCUUUGUUGGCGAGUGGUCGGCAGCCAUGACUGACUGCGCCGCCGCUCUGAACGGUUACGGCAUCGGUGCUCGUUACGACGGCACAUACCCUGGCAGCAGUUACGUCGGUUCUUGCGCCAGCAUGAACUACAUCGACCAGUGGUCUCAGACCUUGAAGGACGACACUCGCGGAUACAUCGAGGCUCAAAUGGAAGCAUUCGAGAGCAACACCAUCGGUUGGGUCUUCUGGAACUUCAAGACCGAAGCCUCGCCCGAAUGGGAUGCCUUCCGUCUGAUCGAUGCUGGCAUCUUCCCUCAACCUCUGACCAACAGAAAGUUCUCCCAGAUCUGCUCUUCAUGA